AUGUGGAGGAGAACAUAUCUGCUUCUCCUCCUGGUGCGCAUCUACUUUGCCCUCUCUCCAAGCUACAUCCAUCCAGAUGAGAACUUCCAGGGCCCGGAGCUCUUCGCCGGCCGUCUGUUCUCAUACCCUUCCCAGCUAACAUGGGAGUUCACCUCUGACACCCCGAUACGCAGCAUCUUCCCGCUAUGGCUUGUCUACGGCCUCCCGAUGACCCUGCUCAAGUGGCUGUGGGCAGAGACCGGCAACGGCAACCCCCCGCCACAGCUGAUAUACUAUGUCCUGCGUCUCACCAUGUUCCUCCUCAGUCUCAUACUCGAGGACUGGGCCAUACAUGAGCUGGUGCCCAGUCCGCGGAAACGAAGGCAGACCGUCGUCCUCGUAGCCUCUUGCUACGUCACCUGGACGUACCAGACACACACCUUCUCCAACUCGCUCGAGACGCUGCUGGUUCUCUGGAGUCUGGUCUUGAUCCAGCGCAUCGUCGAGAACAAGCAUCGGUCAUCGGUGUUUACAUGCGCAUUCCUCUCUCUCGUUGCUGUUAUGGGGGUUUUUAACAGGAUAACUUUUCCGGCUUUCAUCAUGAUACCCGCACUUCAACUAGUGCCUCAUUUCAUUAACAAACCAUUUUCAUUCAUAUCUCUUGCAUUCUUUGGCCUUUUAUUUUCUUUCUUCGCAGUCUCCAUCGAUACCACGUUCUAUACCUCCCCCGAUACCUUCUCAGACUUCAUCAACAACCCGGUAAUCACGCCCCUCAACAACCUCCUCUACAACUCGGAUUCUUCCAACCUCGCCAACCAUGGCCUGCAUCCCAGAUACCAACACUUCCUCGUCAAUCUCCCCUUACUCCUAGGACCAGCAUACAUCCUAUCCAUCUGGUCUGUCUUCACCAAGGGUCCUACAUCACCGACCUUCCACAUGCGCAAUAUGCGCGCAUACUCUGCCCUCUUCGGGGCGGUCAUCAUAUCCCUCUUUCCGCACCAGGAGGCUCGUUUCCUAAUGCCAUGUGUUCCACUCUUACUCACUUGCUUUAGACCGCCUAAAUCACGCGUCUUCCUAGCAGCCUGGAUACUGUUCAACUGUACCCUGGGCGCAUUCAUGGGUAUAUACCACCAAGGCGGCGUGGUACCCGCACAAAUACACAUACCAACACUCCUGGCGGAUUCUCUACCUCCGCCAGAAACAGAAACAGGACUUAACCGUACAGUCACCGUGUUGUGGUGGAAAACAUACUCCCCCCCCUUCUGGCUGGUAGGCGACAGCUACGGUAGCGAUAUUUCUAUCACCACGAGGGAUCUAAAAGGCAUUCCUAGACCGGAAUUCCUUUCCGAAGCUAUACGUUCUGUACCGCAGUGUGUGGCGGAUACUAACCCGUUUGAAUUCCUGCAUGGCGUGCCUAAGAUAAAGAUCGAUGGGGGGCUGACGCUUCUUGUUGCGCCGAGAUCGAAUCCGUUUCUGGACCAGUUUGUUGUGCCGGACGGGGGCGUGGAUGAAGACGUUGAUGCAAGACGGGAUAUUAGACUGCAUAAGCUUUGGCAGUACGAUCGACAUAUUAAUAUGGAUGAUUUUGAUCCUGGUGAUGAUGGGUUGGCUGGGGCGGUGGCGCAGGUCUUUGGUAGAUACGGCCUGGCUAUUUGGCUUGUUACUCGUCCGUGCUGA